AUGGAUCAUAUCAAAGAGCCUCCUGGUGGAUGGGAAAAUAUGUGGGUAGAGGGACGAACACUGUGGGAUUUAGGAGAAGCAACACCUAUUGUUGUUCAUCUCUGUGAAACGGGUUCUUUGCCUAGUGGAAGAGCUUUGGUUCCUGGAUGUGGAACCGGCUAUGAUGUGGUUGUGAUGGCAAACCCUGAACGUCAUGUUGUUGGACUUGAUCUUUCAAAAACCUCAGUUGAAAGAUCCACAAAGAUGUUCUCUUCAUUGCCUAAUUCAAAACAUUUCACAUUCUUAAAAGAAGAUUUCUUCACUUGGGAGCCAACCGAAAAAUUCGAUCUUAUUUUCGACUACAAUUUCUUCUGUGCUUUUGAACCUAAAGUUCGACCUUUAUGGGCAAAGCGUAUGCAAGAGCUUCUGAACCCUGGUGGAGAGCUUAUAACAUUGAUGUUUCCUAUAAGUGAUAGAACACCUGGUCCACCUCCUUACUUAGUAUCAGUCUCAGCCUAUGAGGAACUUUUGAAACCCUUAGGGUUUGAGGUAAUCUCUAUAGUUGAUAACGAACUUGCUCCAGAUACACGCAAGAUGGAAAAAGAAGAAGAAUUCAGUGUGAUCACUCCUCAUUGCCGUCGCAUUCUGAUGGCUCUAUCUAUAAGUCAAUAA